UAAUCCAGGGAACACGACUCUCCACCGCUUAUCACCAAAUCCUUAUCUUUAAUUCCCUUCCUCACUUGUUGUCUUGUUGCUCCACUGUGCACGGUUUCCAUAUCUUUUCUCUCCUCCAUUCCCCAAUAAUUUCUUUCCCUUUUUAAUGUUCUUCUUCUCCCCCAUUUUCACUCCCUUUUAGCUUCAAUUUGGUGGGUUCUUUGGUUUACUUUUCAAGGGUUUCUCUCUUCAAAAAAACCCUCGAGAAAUCUAUGCGCUUAACGCUUACUUUUUGAUUCAUUCGAGGGGUUCUUUUCCUUCUCUUCUUCUUGUUGUUUUAGAGAUGGGUUUGGUGUCUGUUUUUUGGGAGAUUUUAAAGAAACCCACAAUUGGAGAUGUGGUGAGGGAGUUACUGAUUUUUAUAGCUCCUUUAUGGGUUGCUGUAAUUGUUGGGGUUUUAGUUGGUUGGGCAUGGAAGCCGAAGUGGGCAACUAUAGGCAGGGAGAUGUUCAUGGAUUGUUCUGGUUCUAAGGAUUCGGCUCCUGCAGAAUCUUCUGAGUCUUCUUUCAGUGGUUUUGGUUCCCUUCCGAGCUUGAAUUUGAUCAAGUUUCAGUUGCCUAGUGUUAUCUCUUGGAUUUCAGAUGAUGGGGCUCAAAAAGAUUCUUUCUUUUUGUCACCUACUCUUCAUUCCAAUUGCAGUUCAUCACAGAACGAGAAGCAAAAACUGGGUUUUCUGACAGAUGAUGAUUUAGAGCAUUUAUAUAAAUUAGUUGAAGAAAAAGAUGGAGGUCCUGCUUGGAUUCACAUGAUGGAUAAGUCCACCCCAACUAUAGGAUAUCAGGCUUGGCAAAGAGAUCUUGAGAUUGGUCCUACACAAUAUCGUAGCCGGACUGUUUUCGAUGAUGCCACUCCUGAGAUGGUGAGGGAUUUCUUUUGGGACGAUGAAUUCCGAUCAAAAUUGAAGUGGGAUGAAAUGCUUCUUAGUGCCGAAACUCUCGAGUCGUCUCCCACUGACGGCACCAUGGUGGUCCAGUGGGUUCGAAAGUUUCCCUUCUUCUGCAGUGACAGAGAAUACUUGAUAGGUCGUCGGAUUUGGUCAUGUGGUCGGACAUAUUACUGUGUUACAAAGGGAGUACCAUAUCCCUCUAUUCCUAGAAAAACCAAACCUAGGCGUGUUGAUUUAUACUAUUCAAGUUGGUGCAUUCGUGCAGCUGAAUCAAGGAAAGGGGAUGGCCAGCUGACUGCGUGCGAGGUAUUACUUUUUCACCAUGAAAAUAUGGGUAUACCUUGGGAAAUUGCAAAGCUUGGGGUCAAGCUAGGCAUGUGGGGAACUGUCAGGAAGAUUGACCCUGGCUUACGUGCAUAUCAAACCGAAAGAGCAUCGGGAGCGCCCCUUUCUCAUUCAGCUUCCAUGGCUCAAAUAAACACCAAAGUAACUCAAGACUAUCUGACAUCCUUGGAAAGCAAUAGUAAUGAUUCAUCAGAGCUUGAAACACACAAUUCGUCUGAGAAACCAGGGAAGAACAACAUUCCCAAACUUGUAGUUGUUGGUGGGGCUAUCGCGGUUGCAUGUAUUCUAGAUCGAGGGCUCUUAACCAAAGCUGUUAUAUUCGGAGUAGCCCGAAGGUUUGCAAAAAUCGGAAGAAGGUUGUAAUCCUGAAUAUUUUUGUGGGUCAAUCGAAGGAAACCGCACCCACCAGCAAAGCAGAUUGCCAUUGCAAUGAAGUGAGAUGUUGGGGAUGGAUGAAUCUUCUCACUUAGCCGCGUUUAAAAGGUUGGAAGAUGGAAAGAUUAUAUUAGUUUUUGCAAUAUUUGGGCGAUAUAGGAAGUUAGAAUUGGGCACAAGAGAAUGGGAUCAGAUAGUUGGAUUUUUUAAAUGGCCAUGUCGAAAACAGAUCUUAAAACCGAAACUGAGUUCCUUUUCUUGUUCGGUGGCUCUUCUAUUUCAAUAUAUAUACUAUUUAUAUUA